AUUUUAACGGCCGCGCGACGGUCAUACUAGAGGUUCGUCACGAAACGAUUGUAAAAUAAAAUUCCAGUUUUAUUAGUUUCUAAUGAAAUAGCAUUUAAAUAUGUCGGAAUUGGACGCAGAGACCGUGCUGCUGAGCAUUUUGCUCUUGGUUGUCAUUGAGAAUGCCCUGGAGAUCUACAUAUCGCUGCGCCAGGUGAAAGUGUACCGCACCGCACUGCAGGUGCCCGCCGAGCUGACGUCACACAUGGGCGAGGAUACGUUCCAUAAGGCGCGGAAGUACGGCCUUGAUCAGGAGAACUUCGGCAUCUUCAAGGCGGUGGUCAUGGACGUGGGUCUGCUGUGCCUGGAGCUCUACAUCGGACUGAUCGCCCUGCUCUGGCAGCUGUCCGUCGAGGUGGUGGACAAGCUCAACUGGGACUCCAAGAACGAGAUCAUCGUCAGCUGCUUCUUCGUUCUGAUCUCGAAUGUCCUGAGCACAUUCAAGGGACUGCCCUUCAAGAUCUACAAGAUCUUCGUGCUGGAGGAGACGCACGGAUUCAACAAGCAGACGGCACGGUUCUUCGCCUGGGAUCAGCUCAAGGGCUUCCUUGUUACCCAGGUCCUAAUGAUUCCCAUCACGGCCGCCAUUAUCUUUAUUGUCCAGCGCGGCGGAGACAACUUCUUCAUUUGGUUGUGGAUCUUCACCGGCGUUAUCUCGCUGGUUUUACUCACAUUGUACCCGAUUUUCAUUGCUCCCCUGUUUGACAAGUAUACUCCUUUGGAGAAGGGUGUGUUGAGGCAGUCCAUCGAGGAUCUGGCCGCCUCGCUCAAGUUCCCGCUCACCAAGCUGUUCGUGGUAGAAGGAUCCAAGCGCUCCUCGCACAGCAAUGCCUACUUCUACGGCCUCUGGAACUCGAAAAGGAUUGUGCUGUUUGACACGCUGUUGUUAAACAAAGGUAAACCCGACGACUCUGAGCUGUCUGAGGAGGAAAAGGGAAAGGGCUGCACCGACGAGGAGGUGCUGGCUGUCUUGGGACACGAGCUGGGGCACUGGAAACUGGGACACGUCACCAAGAACAUCAUUAUCAUGCAGGUUCAUCUCUUCUUGAUGUUCCUGGUCUUUGGCAAUGUCUUCAAAUAUCCACCUUUCUACGUGGCCAUGGGCUUCCAGCCCGGCACUCGUCCCAUUCUCGUGGGGCUGCUGAUCGUUUUUACCUAUGUCCUGGCCCCGUAUAACGCCCUAAUGAAUUUCGCCUUGACGAUCCUGUCGCGACGAUUUGAGUACCAGGCUGAUGAGUUCGCUUUCAAGCUGGGAUUCGCUGAGCAGUUGGGUCAGGCUCUUAUCAAACUAAACGUGGACAACUUAGGCUUCCCCGUGUACGAUUGGCUGUACUCCACCUGGAACCACUCUCAUCCCACUCUGCUCCAGCGGCUAAAUCGCCUCAAGGAGCUUAAGGAGGAAAAGAAACUGAACUAGGACCGCUAAAAUCACACAAGACCAAAGUAUACACGUUUCCCUUUGUUUUAACGUACAAAUAAAUAAUAAAGUAAGGGGACAGGCCCCAACAAAAUA